AUGGUCCAUUCUACAGCUGGUGCUAUCUCAUGGACCGCAUUGAAGACCCAUUUACUGGUGGAUGAUGAUACAAGUGAUCAGGAUCUGUGUGACGCUGGUUGGACACGUAACGGUAAUGCAUGCUACCAACUAGUUGAAUCUACCGUCGACUAUAGAACAGCCCUUGAUGCGUGCAGAAAUCUCAAUGACUACGGUGAUCUGGCGAGCGUAGCUGAUCAAGACGAAAGCAACUUUCUUUUCGUUUAUUCGAGACGUACCUUUGAUACGAGUUCUUACUGGAUUGGGUUCAAUGACCUCGAUGGAAAGGGAACUUGGGCCUGGACUGAUGGCUCAGUUACAUCAUAUACCAACUGGUAUUCUGGAGAACCAUCUGGUGGAUCUGAACAUUGUGGUGUAUUACGAUUGAGUUCAGACGGCACAUGGUAUGAUGCAAGCUGCUCGUCAACAUACGGCUACAUCUGUAAAUACCCGCUAAACACCAUUUCCUGUGCUGAAUGGAAGCGUAAAGGCUAUAUAUCUAAUGGAUACUACACAAUAGAUCCUGAUGGGAGAAAUAAUGGAGUCGAUCCAUACAAAGUAUACUGUGAUAUGACUACGGAUGCUAGCACAGGUAUUACGACGUUCGAGCACCAGGAGGCGAAUCGAUCUUUAGUAGCAGGUGCACAAGUGGCUUUUAGUUUCAUCCGAAACAUUACCUAUGGUGACAAGUCGGUUGAUCAAGUGGCUACCGGUGCCGAUAUCAGCGGGGAGUGCUACCAAUAUAUCAAGUACGAAUGCCAUCAUUCCCAAAUGACUGGCUCUACUGCUUGGUAUGACAGAGACGGAAAACAAAAGAACUACUGGGGUGGAGCCACGGUAGACAGCGGACAGUGCGCUUGUGGAAUCUCAGCCCUCGACAAAGCAGUAUUCGCAAUAUUGUAA